CAACCCGGAAGCGAGGUUGUGAAAAGCGUGUGGACUGCGCGCGUGGCUGUCAUGCUCGUGUCGGCGUUGGAUUGACGCGCGCUUCAGGCAGGAAGAGACGGUGAACAUGGAGGUGAUGGAGGAGCCUGAAGGCGUGAUACCGACAUCCUGCCAGUGUGACGUGAAUGAUGCAGCAGGAGAUGACAAACUCUCGCUUGAACAUGAGAAAGGCCAUGAAGUGGUACCUGAUCCAGGUGUACCAGGGCUGAUUACGCAAAUGGAAACAGGUGUGUCUGUGCUUGGGAAUGUGAAGAAAGACACUGUGGGUCAGGAAAUCGUUUCUGAGAUCACUCCGAACCUAAACGAGGCGAUGGAGACCUGCGUCUCCGGACAGGACGGAGAUCAGCACCCUGAAACUUCCAGGAGUGUAGAGAGCGAUUCUACGGUUCUGGACGUCGUACUCGAGUCAGGAAGAGCGGAGACGACCUCAAAGCGGAAAGAGGAGAUAGAGACGAGUGUGUUUGAAGGGAACAGAGAUCAGAAGACUGUAGAGAAUGUCAUGGGGAGUCCUCUCCUUGGAGGAGGAGGAUCUCUGGCUCUACUGGGCAUGCAGUAUAGAGACGAAAGCUCAGACGAACUCUCAGAGAGUGAAUCAGACUCAUCUUCAUCUACAUCUUCCUCCUCCUCCUCUUCCUCAUCCGAACCCGUUAUCGAGCAUGAUGAUGGGCGGGAUGAAGAUAAAGACGGCGGCGCCCCUGGGAAAAAAGCAGCUUUAGUGAGAACUCAAGAUGAGCUGCUUCUUGAGGACCUUCCUGUGGUGGAAAAUUUGUCUAUCAGCAUUCCUGAAAACACAGACAUGGAACCAGUUGGAAUCAUCUCCAGCAUUGUGGAUCAGCUUGUUAUUAUCGAGUCGAAGAAGGACACCCCACCCCUGAACGAAGACAGCAUCUUAUUCAACAAGGACAGGGUGUCUAUCGGCAGGGUGUUUGAAGUAUUUGGGCCGGUGUGCCAGCCUUAUUACAUCCUGAGAUUCAACUGUCAGGAGGACAUAGACAAAAGGGACCUGAAAAUACAGGAGCCGGUGUACUUUGUCCCCACAAUCAAAGACUUUACUGAAUACAUCUUUGUAGAACAGAUCAAGCAAACUAAAGGAUCUGAUGCUUCUUGGAAAAAUGACCAAGAGCCUCCACUAGAGGCCCUGGAUUUCAGUGACGAUGAGCAGGAGAGGAUAGCCAAGCAGAAACUGAAGGCCCAGAGACGACCACAGCAGCAGAAACUAGAAGAAUCAGACUCAGAUAGUGAAUCCUCUGCCAGUAGACCGCCACCUCCUCCCAGGAGAAAACCCCGGCAGAACAGGAACUCGCAACGCGGCCGGCCUGCGCAUCAAGAGCAUCAUGGAGGAUUCCACGCUAACUAUCACGCUAAUCCUAACUUUCAACCAGACUUCAUGCGCCACCCUCCAGACCCAUACAGACCACCCUUUCAAGGUCAUGGGUACCCUCCAUUUCCACGAGCUCCACCUCCUCACCUGGGCAUAAACCCAUGGCAAUCCUGCCCUUACCCAGGACCCAUCUUCUUCCCUCCACCACCACCUCCACCACCUCCAUCAAACUGAACACAACAGUACAGGAGUAGGACAGUGCUGGACUGACUGAGAGAUGAUGUGGAAAUAAAAGCAUCAUUGUGGAUCUAGAUAUUUGUAGAAGCAAAGAUGUUUCAGUUGAGGUUUUUUUUCCCCCCCGAGUGCACACAAUCUUCAGAAAUAACUAUAACCAGUCUGUACUUUUACUUGUCGCUAUCGAUAUAAGUGCUAUAUUCGGAUUGUACAGAUACAAUGUUUUAGAUAGACAGAAUAGUAGGAAUGUGUUUUUUUUUUCACCACACACUGAACUGUUUCAGAUUAAAAGUGUGUAUUAGGACUGGAAACACACUGGAUGAAACAAAAAAGGUAUUUAAAAUAAGAUUAGGACAUGCCAUAUAGAGGUUAAAACUAAAUACUGAAACACUUUCAUAGCAGUAAACAGAUUAAACCUUUAAAAACAAUUUAAGGUACGUAAUUGGACAUUUUAAGGUCCAUUUAUAUCGUUUAUAGAGAUUUAUUCUGAAAUUUAAUUAAAUGCCCAUCACAUGUACCUUCCUAUUACAUUUCAAAAGGUUUAAUGAUUUCACUCCAGGCACAAGGAAAACUACAGAUCAUUAAGACAAUCUCUGCAUUGGGGAACUUAUCGUUUAUCUGUUUUGUUUUUUUAUUUUUUUUUAAUAAAAUAAUGAAACCUCA